AUGGACGAUCCAUCGGAUGACCUGCAGCGGUUGCAUCUUGUGGAAAGAGCCACUGGGCAGUCUGAAAGCGAAGGGCAAGCCACCCAAAGUGAGCCUGAAACGCGCCGAGCCGAGCAAGCAACCGAGGACGAAGAGCGCGCAGAGCCAGCAGCCGAAGCGCACGGAGCCGAGGCCAGAGACCUAGCAUUCGAAACUGCGCGGCUGAAAGCGCUCGAAAUCGAGCUAGCAAUCGAAACUGCGCGGCAGAAAGCGUGCGAAGCCGAAGAGCGCAAAGCCGCGCGCGAAGCCGAAGAGCGCAAACGGACGUUGUGCAGUGAAAAGGUUUGUCGUGCUCCGUCUCGCUGUCUGCUGUCGGUCAUUGUUGGGUGCACCUGCAUACAGUUGGUGAGCCACCGCACUCACAUGACCGUCUUUGAUUGCACGUGUGCAGGCUUUACGUGGCAGACAAGAGAAUCAGUUGCUAACGCGAUGCCCUCAGUAGCGCCCUCAUCUACCCCGACUCUGACCGAUGCAUAUGAAAAGCUCGGUUGCAUCGUCGCAGAGCUUCCCUGCAGUCACCACUACUACGCAGCGAAAAUCGUCAAGCACAUCGAUGAGCUUUGCGCGGAUGACAAGCGGACGAUCGACAAGAAGUUGAUCGAAGACCUCAAGUGGGCGGUCGAUGUUGAGCGACAUUCCCGAUUGCCUCAGCUCCAGCAGGAGAGCGACAUUUCUUCCCGAUUGACUAUCGUGCUGCAGCACCACUUUGGCCUGGACUUUGUCCAUCAAUAUUCGAUUGGCGACAAGAACACCCAUGUCGAUUGGGCGGGCUUUGACCAGAACCACCACGUUGUUGUCAUGGGCGAGUGCAAAAAGGACAAGCAGCCUUUCCAUCAAUAUGGAGGACAGGUUGCCAAUGAACUCGAGCGACUGGGAGCCAUUGCUACACGGUAUGAGAGCGACAGCGAGUCCAAUGGACUGGAUGGCCGGAAGUCCACAGAGUGGCCCAUUGUCAACAUCAACGUGGUGGGAGACCAUGUGAGCGCAUACCUGGUCUUGACGAUUUCUGGUGAGCGCUGGGCAGCGGUCGAGAAAGUCUUACCAUCAUUUCUGCCAUCACUUGGGGUUGACAGUGCCAACAAAAAGAAGAAGUAUUCCGGAGUGUUUUUUUUGCGCCUCGGGUGUGCAAACUUGUACAAAAAUUCGAGGCAGGUCGAGUGCAUCUUGCAAGCGUGCAAGGAGUUUGUGCUUGGUGAUCAGGCAAGCUUGCUGGCUGACGCGCAGAAAACAAGAUCGCGGCCAUUCUUGCCUCGACAACCAUUUCCUUGCCCUUUCAAGGACCUCUGCGAGAAAGAUUUGCAAUUGCACAAAUCGUUUGGUCCCAGCGUGCAGGUCUACAGCGACGAGAAGCAACUCAAGGUGUUGUACAAGCACUUUGACUACUGGGGUCGCUUGUCAGGCCUCUGCAGUGCUUUGAGCAAUGGCUUACGUGCCGCAGAUUGCCGCCACCCGCCCGACGGCCGAAUCCUGGAAAAGCUCGCUCAACUGGAUGUGACGGGCUCCUUCUAUCAGGAGUGGAAGGUGACGAAGCUUGCAACUGCCGUGCAUGUGCUCAGCUACCCUUACGUGGAGCUGGCGCCCCCCAGCAAGCUCGAGCAACUGGCCCAGGUCAUCCGCCAAUUGGAGGCCAUACACAGCGUUGGCUUUGUGCACGGCGACAUUCUCCCUCGCAACAUUCUUUUUUGCAGUGCCUGGGAGGGGCAUCCAGCGGCCUUUCUCAUUGAUUUUGAUCUCGGCCGGUUUCUCGUCGACAACCCUGUCUAUGUCUGCAAUUUUGCCGUGGAGGCGAGGGCGCUGAAGCCGUAUCGUCACGUGGGUGCAGUGCCAAGUUCGAGGAUGGACAAGAAGCACGAUGGUUUUGCUUUGGCACGUGUCAUGGAGGACUUUUUAGAGGAUGACGACUCUCGUCAGGAGCUGGUGGCUGCGCUGAAGAAGCUUCACCUGGCUGACGCUGCCGAUCUGUGUAUGAAGUGCAAGCUGUUGUCUGAGUUUAAGAUUUCUGUGCCGGGCAAGGCGACCGGAAGUCCUCGAGGUGGCGCGAUCCAAGAAAGACAAGAACAGGCACAGAUGCAAACGAUCAACAAAGGAGGAACAAUCGAUCGUUGGCAAGUCAACGGGCUUUAG